ACCAAGAAGUUUAUAGUUACGUCAUCUGUGUUAGACAAAUUGUUUACAUUAUGGCGUCGGUGGAUUUCAGAGACAAUCUUCUUGGAAUAUCUUGGGUGGACAGUGGCUGGGUGCCAAUUCUUAACCCUGGAAAUGUUCUGGAUUAUUUCUCUGAGAGAAGCAACCCCUUCUAUGACAGAACCUGUAAUAAUGAGGUAGUUAAAAUGCAGCGACUUUCUCUGGAACAUCUGCAGCAAAUGGUGGGAGUGGAGUACUUUCUUCUACAUGCUCAGGAACCAAUCCUUUACAUAAUCCGUAAACAGCAGAGACAGUCACCAUCACACGUGAUUCCCCUGGCUGACUACUACAUCAUAGCAGGAGUGGUAUAUCAGGCUCCAGAUCUGGGAGCAGUUAUCAGCUCCAGAGUGCUUUCUGCAGUGCAUGGAAUUCAGUCAGCUUUUGAUGAAGCCAUGUCAUACUGCCGCUACCACCCAUCCAAAGGAUACUGGUGGCACUUCAAGGACCAAGAGGAGAGAGAAAAAAAUAAGCCUAAAUCUAAGAAGAAAGAAGAACCAAGUUCGUUGUUCCAGAGGCAGCGUGUGGACACGCUUCUUUCGAACCUCAUGUCAAAAUUCCCACCAACCUUCUACCAGCCUAAAGCUGGUGAGAAGCCCAUUCCAGUUGAGGUAAAGAAGGAGCCUGAACCUCCUGCAGAAACUGGGAAACAAGAAGAGAGGGAACCAGCCCCAAAGUCAUCUGCUCCAGCUCCACCAAGCAAACCACCUCCAGAGAAGCGAGCACGGCUGCAGUGACAGAUGUUCUUCUCAGUCUUGCAUCCAUGAAAGAAGGCGGUGCGGCUACUUUUUUCUGUGACUUUAGUACUUUUAUCGUGUACACCUGAGACACAUCAUGGACAUUUUAAACUGGAUAAACAGUUUAAUGCUUUGGGUACACUUUGGACUGGACACUAAGAAUUAUUGUUUUUGUCUUUGUUUUUAAUUCAUGACAUUUGUAUGUUCAUUGACUCAUCAAUAGUGUAAUUGUUUUGUAUGAACUACAGAGGACAGCAUAAAUACUGGCCUUUUUUUUUUUUUACAGAGGGUUGCUUCAUCAUCUGAAUUACAAGCUUGUUUGUUGACCAGAAUGUCUAAUUUGAUCUAAAUGCCUAAAUGAUAGGUUUUCUUCAUUCAUUUUCUUUAACCAGCUGUUCCAAGUAAGGAUGACAGGGUUACUGGAGCCUAUCCUAGCAGACAUUGGACAAAAGGCAGGGGUACAUCCUAGACAGGCGGCCAGUCUAUCGCAGGGCUGACACAUACAGACGAACUCAUUCACACCCUCAAGCCUACAGUCAGUUUGAAUUUUUUUUUCAAUUUCACCAAGCUUGUAUGUCUUUGGAAGUGAGAAGAUGCUGGGGAACCCAAAGGGAACCCAUGCAAACAUGGGGAGAACAUGCAAGCUCCACACAGAAAGGAUCAACAACACUCUGGUAAACAACACUGGCGAUAACCUUUAUGGUGAUACCAAGGUGAUGCACUGUCCCAGCUGGUCUGCAAGAUACCUGCAAAGACUGCAUAAGCACACAGGUUCUAGAGUGGGGUGACCAUUAAACUAUAUGUCAAGAAUGAUUCACUGAUCCACCUCACCAGGAUACUCAACAAUGACAUCGGUAUGACAUUCAGACUGGAUGAGAGUGGCUGAAUGGUGGCAAAUGGGGAAGAUGGUUAAAAAUCAAGGGUGUGAAGCUAUGAGAAUGCAAGAUUGCAAACAGAACAGGAUGGUUUCAUGUAGGAGGGUCCAGUGUUGGAUUGACAUGACAUACCAACAUCAGAUAGACUAAUGUCAAGAAAUGCAAGCAAUUACUAGAAAAGUCUGGUAGCUUCAGAACAGGCCAUGAAAACCAGGUCUGUAGAGGUAGUGGUCUACCACGUGGGUCAGGGUGAUUUUUCACUUAUCCUAUGUUUAUUAUGGUGUGUCCAAUGUAAAAUAUAGUCAUUCGGGGAUAUUGGUUCAAAAUUUCAUGAAGUAUCAUCAAAUAAAAAAAU